GCGCCAGAGGCCUGGCAGAGGUGGUGGAGGAGUCCGCGUUCGUGCGUUGAAGCCGGUAUCGCAGCGCGCUCGUAAGAGACCAGGAUGAGUUAUGCAGAAAAACCUGAUGAAAUCACAAAAGAUGAAUGGAUGGAAAAACUUAAUAACUUGCAUAUUCAGAGAGCAGACAUGAACCGCCUUAUCAUGAACUACCUUGUUACAGAGGGCUUUAAAGAAGCAGCAGAGAAAUUUCGAAUGGAGUCUGGAAUUGAACCCAGCGUGGAUUUAGAGACUCUCGAUGAAAGAAUAAAAAUCAGAGAAAUGAUACUGAAAGGACAGAUUCAAGAAGCCAUUUCAUUAAUAAACAGCCUCCAUCCAGAACUGUUAGAUACAAACAGAUAUCUUUACUUUCAUUUGCAGCAGCAGCAUUUGAUUGAACUGAUUCGGCAGCGUGAGACAGAAGCAGCUCUGGAAUUUGCUCAGACCCAAUUAGCAGAACAAGGCGAGGAGAGCCGGGAAUGCCUGACAGAAAUGGAGCGCACGCUGGCUUUGCUUGCCUUCGAUAAUCCUGAAGAAUCACCAUUUGGAGACUUGCUUAACAUGAUGCAGCGACAGAAGGUAUGGAGUGAGGUUAAUCAAGCUGUUCUAGACUAUGAAAAUCGUGAAUCAACACCCAAGUUGGCAAAAUUACUGAAACUACUACUGUGGGCUCAGAAUGAGCUAGACCAGAAGAAAGUGAAAUACCCCAAAAUGACAGACCUCAGCAAGGGGACAAUUGAAGAACCCAAGUAAAAUGUGUGCAGAUGGACAUCAAACAAUCAUAGUACUGCACAGUAUACAUUUAUAUCAGUCUGUGACUGAAAUAUUUUUACUACAGUACAGCACUCAAUUCAGAUUUUUCAAUGAACAUCUAAUUUGAAGGGAGAAAAGUCCCUUUUGAAUGCUGCAAAAACUGCAUUGAAAGGCGCUGUAUCUCUUUGAAAGUCUGACUUAGGCUAUGCACUAUAAUACAUUUUUAAAAAAAACAAUUAAACAGGACAGGAAAAAUCACGUUUUUAAAAGUACAGAACUCAAAGCUUUCUAAUUGGCUACUGAUGCUUAGUUGAGUGGUCAGUGAGUUAAUAUGGAGUUACAUUGGCAAUUAUUCAGUUAAGUUUAACUGUCUCCUGUUUGAAAUGUGUAUAUAGAACAGUGAAUAUUUUCUACCUUUAAGUUAUAGCAAGAUAUACAUUCCCCUUAAGAGUAACUGGUCAUGUUUUCAUCUAUAAACUUUGCAGUAAGGUCAACCUUUUGCCUAGGAAAUAGUGUACAAACUUGUAAAUCUUAAUUUAAGAACUUUUUUUUCCUUGUUUCUGACUUUUUGGUGCUUUAUAUGGUGAGAGCUAUGUUCAUAAUGGAUCAGUGACCCGUCUUUUUUCAUGAGAAGUAUUGUUGGAAAUAAGUUUUUUCUUAAUUUUCAUGAAUGACCAAAAUGGCCCUCAGAGGCAUUUGAGAGUUUUUCUUAAUGGGGACCUUUCCCCUCCAUAUAGAGUUUGCAGCUGCAGACACUGCAGUGAUUCCAGCAGGCUAGUAGAGCUUGGAGGGCCACUGGAUUUUUGUAAGCUGAAAGGCAUACUUGUGUUAGGAAAUGAAGUGGGGGGAGAGAUACUUAUGGAAGCCUCUGAUGCAUCUUCUUGUGCAGGAUCUGCCUUUACUCUUGUUGAAUAAGAAUUGUAGUUUUAGAGCUACUUGGGCUGUUUUUAUGCCUUGAGCUGAGCAGAGCAGGGCUGUCUUUAAAGACUGAAAUGUCCAUUUUUUUUUUUAUUCUUUCCAUACCUUUCUGAAGAGAUGCAGUUCAUCUUCACCUGUAUUACUUUGUUUACUGACUGCCCUCACUCCAGUUAGGAUUCUAGUUUUAAUGUUUUACAUGUGAAGUCCAAGCUUUCAAGUCAACAAAUUGUAAUCUUGUGGGUAUGGGAUGUUCAGGUCAACUUAAUUUUGCAGCACUGUUCACUGGUGUAUAUCCAGUGGUAGUAAGCAUUAAUCUUGCCAAAUCAAUCUGUAGGUUUUUAGGUCUGUAUAUCAAGUUAUUAACGAUUUGUUGAACAAAGACCGAUGUGGUGGGUGAAAUAGCUGAACAUCACGAUGCACUGACAGUUGUCAUACCAGUCCCAUACUGUACAUAAUCUAGUCUUGUAUGGUAGAUAUUACCCUGUAGAAUGAAACUUAGUUUUCACUUAAUUUUACUGGAAUACUUAUGCAUUAAACUGUAUAAAGCUUUGCAGAUACACCUGACUUAAGGAAACUAAAAAAAAAAAAAAAACCUGUUACUGAUUGCAUUACUGUGAACACUGUUUACUUGUGUAGCUAUUUUUUUGUGAGGGGAAUCCAUUGUUUGUUAAGCAGCUAUUAGAGAUGCAGAGCACUAAGUUAAAGCUAGAUGAUGGAUAUAACAAAAUGAGUUGUUCUCAUUUAUUACUGAUAGUUUUGUUCUGCACUUUUAAGGCAUUUUGUGGCAUGGAGGUCUCGAAGUUUAUAUGUAACAAGCAAGCUAUCAGUUGCCCCCAACUACAGCAGUGGUUUGGCUUUCCUUCUCCCAGACUGGUUAUUUUAACACCAAAAUUUUAACAGUUGAGUUCUUUUUCCUUCUUUUUUUUUUUUUUUUUUUUUUUUUCCUUUUCCCAUUCGGUUGAUGUCUGAAAACCAUGUAUAACUUUUAGUUUGUGAGAAACUGUGUGGUUAAUGUCACUUUGUUUAAUAACAAACUGCAGAAACAAAACUGGAAUAGCUCUAAUUUCUUCAUAUGUAACUGAUCAAGCUUUCCUCUGUUUUGAUGCUUACAUGCUAAAUCUCAUCUAAAGCUUCUCCCAGAUGAAGUGGAAAGCAGUGCGGUUUUGUGGCAUGACUAGCAUUUUUCUCCAUGAGAAAUGCAGUAUUACAGUCCUGGUUGAGAAGUUCACUGUACUUCUGGAAUGCUACGUUAAUUUCACAUAGUAUUUGGGCAAAGAGUGAGCAUAGAUUACUUGAAUUUUCACUAGCUUGGUUUUUUUCCAUUAAAAAAACAUGUUUUUUAAGGGGUUUAAUAUAAAGUUAGUACAGUACUAUUUCACUUUGUUUUUAUGAACAUGCCACAUUGAUAAGCAGCUUUAAUCUGUAAAGUUUUUUGGUAACUGCAAGAAAAUAUUCGAAAGCUAUGCAUUUUAGAGAAAGCAUAAAGGUAGUCAUAAUGGUACUUCUAAGGAUCUUUAUAUUAGUGUAUAUAAAAUAGUUUGCAUAUACAAAUAUAAUAUAUAAUCUGUUUGAAAUAUUCUUGAAUGGUAGGGGCUGUGAAACAUUAUAAUUUAUGGAAAUAUUGUACACAGUAAACAGACCUCUGUCAGUACACGAAUGGACUUUUGUCAUAUGCAUGAGAAAUGUCUUAUUUGGUGACUACUAAUGAAUGGGAUUUUGUUAACCCAUUUUUGUUAGAUAACCACUUUAACAAAUGCUAUUAAAUGCCACUUUGAACAGUU